AUUCGCACUGAAAAAUAACAGAGCCCGCAGCCGCCAAACAAGCUAGCAAACGACUGUCGUGUUGUCAUCUCUGUCGGACUGGGGUGUUACAAAUUGAGAAAUCUCGACCAGACAUCAAAUAUCAACCUACUAACAGCCUGUCAUUUCUUUGACAAUGAAGUUCCAGUACAAAGAGGAGCAUCCAUUUGAAAAGAGACGGUCUGAGGGCGAGAAAAUUAGGAAGAAGUAUCCUGACAGGGUCCCUGUAAUUGUGGAAAAGGCUCCCAAAGCAAGAAUAGGAGAUCUGGACAAGAAGAAAUACCUUGUUCCUUCCGACCUGACAGUUGGCCAGUUUUACUUCCUCAUCCGGAAACGAAUCCACCUGCGAGCUGAGGAUGCCCUCUUUUUCUUUGUUAACAACGUAAUUCCCCCCACCUCCGCAACUAUGGGACUGUUAUACCAAGAGCACCACGAAGAAGAUUUCUUCCUCUAUAUUGCCUACAGUGAUGAGAGCGUCUAUGGGGACAGCCAAUUAGAAAUCUAAACACCCUUCCCACCCAAACCCCCUUUCACACCCAAAUCCUCCACCCUGUCUCCAUCUAAAUACUUAAUCCAGCUCAGCAGCCUAGAGUUCCCAGAGCAAAUAUAUCAGAUGCACUUUUACACCCCCUCCCUACCUCUUUAUUAGUAUUCUACAGUCUGAAUUUUAUCUUCCUACAGGAUUCUUCUGCAAGGACUUGAAGUUGAUUGGUCAAGUGGUCAGUUUUGGUAGCGCUUUGAUUAUGCAUUUUCUGAUGUCACAUUAAACGUGGUUUGAACUGGGCCAUUAAUAAUUGCCAUUCUAAAGAUAUGGGAAAAAGGUAGUUUGUAUGUUAUGUAAGAGGUUAAAUUCCAGUUGGCAAAGUAAUAUAUAAUUUUCAUUGAUGUGUUGAAAUGGUAAUGUUUGACUGGAAUGGAAUAGAAUUCAGACUGAACAAUCAUUUCCCCCUCUGGCUCUGCUUUCAAUGGUAAAAUCUAUUAUUUAGAUUGAUUGCUAUUAUGAUUAUGGUUGUUGUUAAUGUACUUGAUUUUUAGAUGGCCUAAUUUCUAAGGUAUUGUAACACUCAGUGCAACUUUCCUUUUUUAAGUUUUUGUUUUUUUAAAGAUGUGAACUCAGUAUAGCUGCGUUACUGGCGCUCUCCACUUAUGACCAUACAUGAUAAAAAUGUGAUAAACCCAAA